GUUUUUCGCCAGAAAAUCAUCAAAGCACAAUGACACCAGACCGAACAACUAUCCCCAUCCAUACCAGUCCCGUGCCCCGAGCCCAACCCAUGAAGCGUCACCAUUCGGCUAGCUACUACGCUCACCGUGUCAGAGAAAGCCUCUCAACCCGGAUAUCGAAAUUCAUCUGUGCAAUGUUUCUCUUGGUUUUGUUCUUUGUAGGCGUCAUUGCUUUCAUACUUUGGCUCAGUUUACGCCCUCAUCGACCUCGGUUCCAUAUCCAAGACUUCGUGGUACAAGGUCUAGACCAACCUACCGGAGUCGAAAACGCAAGAAUUGCUUUCAAUGUAACUAUACUUAACCCUAACCAACAUAUGGGUGUUUACUUUGAUUCCAUGGACGGUUUCAUUUACUACAAAGAUCAACGGGUCGGGUCGAUCCCGUUGCUAAACCCGUUUUUCCAGAAGCCGACUAACACAACAAUUGUGACCGGGACGCUUACUGGAGCUUCCUUAACAGUAAACAGUAACCGUUGGACCGAGUUUACUAAUGAUCGGGCUCAAGGAACCGUGGGGUUUAGGCUAGAUAUAGUUUCAAAUAUUCGGUUUAAACUCCAUAGGUGGAUCAGUAAGCGCCAUAGGAUGCAUGCUAAUUGCGAUAUCGUGGUUGGACGAGACGGGUUGAUCUUGCCCAAGUUUAACCAUAAACGGUGUCCAGUCUACUUCACUUAGAUUGAUUAAUUCAUUGGUUUGUUGUUUGCUGUUUUCUCUUUUGUAUUUUACUUUUCCUUUUGAAUGAUUUUGCUUUCUUUACGUUUUGUAACUUGGAAUUGGGAGUUUGGUUUUUCUCAUUAAAUGUAUGAUCUUUGA